GGCGUUAUUUUGGACUUGAACAUAUGCUCAUGCAGCGAGAACUGCGACAGUGAGAUGUAUUUUCUGUCUCCUUUGUGGCUGAAGUAGUUGGUUCAUUAAAUUACUCCUAAUAAAAGCCAGAUAAGGAGUCAGUAUGGCGGAUCUGAAGGAGGCGAGGCUGGAUUUUACUCUGAAAGAGCUGACUCUUUCCCGUCCCGCUGAACACGAGGAAAUCCCGGGCAGCUCGUCCACUGUGGAGCUUCGGGACACAAAGCUGGUGUGUGUGGAGUAUCCCGGGGUCUUCAGCAGCGUGGACAGAAUGCUGAACACUCUGGGUGGUGAACAGUCAGUGACCAAAACCUACGCCAACCCCAACAAGCGUCUCGAGCUGCGUUAUCGACCCCAAGACCCUUUCUGUCACUCACUGUGUGGAAACCGCUUCUCAUCGGGAAACCUCCUCCUCAGAGUGCGACGACGGGUGCGAAAGAAAGACCCCAAAGAUGCCGAGAACCACAUGGACGUGCUCGGAGUCAUUGGAACCACAUACAAAUUCACUGGGCUGGCAGACUUCCAGUGUCUUGCAGUGCAUUCAGAAGGUGGAAAAGACACUUCUUUGUAUGACAAAAUCAUCCUCCGCAAACCAGAGAGUCAAGAGUUCUUUGAGCAGCCCAUGCCUUACUUUCUCCCCCCGCCCAUCUUCUCGCGCCUCGACAGUCCCGUGGAUUAUUUUUACCGGCCUGACGUCCAUGUAAACCAAAUGCCAGGUGACACUAAGAAUUUUAUUGGUUUAAAUCGCGCUGGCCGGCCCCACAAUGCCAUUUUUGUCAGCUUCACUGAUCCCACCGUGCCCGCAGAGUGCCUCGAGGCAGCCAAAGUUACCUGGAGACGAAUCUGCAUGAAGGACUGCGACAAGCAGGCUGAGGAACAGCUGAAAAAGAUGUUUGAGAGCCGGCCCAUCUGGUCACGGAACGCAGUCAAAGCCCACAUCAACCUCCACCCUGAUAAGCUGAAGCUGCUGCUGCCCGUCUAUGCCUAUUACAUGGUGACAGGACCGUGGAGGAGCCUGUGGGUGAGGCUGGGCUAUGAUCCCCGAAAGACCUCAGAGGCCAAAAAAUACCAGAUGCUUGAUUUCAGGAUUCGCUGUAGCACCAAGCACGGCUACUCUCUAUCAAACAUACCAAUAAAAGCCAAGAGAAGCUCCCUGAACUACAGUCUGCCAAACACAUUAAACAAAUCGGCACCCCUGCCAGCUAGCGUGAUGGCUCUUCAGACUCACGAGGGUCCCUGCAGCAGUCGAGAUCCAGCUCCAGUCAAGUACCAGCUGAGGGAAUCAUCCUACAUUUUCAGAGAGGGCAUGCUGCCUCCUCACAGACAAAUGUUUUACCAGCUCUGUGAUUUGGAUGUAGAAAGUAUCCAAAAGGUGAUUGAGCAGAACAGCGGUAAUGAGCAGCACUGUGAAGAGCGGGACGGAUGGUGUGUCGUCGGCACCACAGACAAGCUGAGGGACAUGAUCUCAGCCAUGAUCAAGAAGGUGAUCCGAGCUCAGAGACCAGAGUUGCCGGAAUUACCCAAAAGACGAAGACGUAAAGGCCAAAGUUUAAAAGAUGUGUAUGUAGAAGAGGAGGAGGAGGAGGAGGAGGAGGAGAAUCAGGAAGAUGAAGAGGAGGAUGAGGAAGAUGAAUUUCAGCCAUCUGAAGGGAGUGAAAAUGAGAUGGAGACAGAAAUUCUAGAUUACGUGUAACACAGUACAAGAGUUUGUUGACAUGAUUUGACUGUUAAUAUUUUGCAUCAUCAUUUUUCUUUAAAUGUAAUUUAGCUGAACAUUAAUAAAGAAAUUAAGUUGUUUUUUUUGUAACAGUUGUGUACUUUGCUGUGUAUCCA